GCCUCCCGCCUGCUCCCCUCGGGCUCCAAGAAGUCGCGAGCGCCCCAGGGGUCGCCCGAGGAGUGGGCUCGGGACCGCGGGCAGCGCAGCCUGGAGGGGGGCGCCAACGGCAGCGAUGAAGCCAUCUUGGCUGCAGUGUCGCAAAGUCACCGGCGCCGGGGGACUCGGGGGGUCCCUGCCCGCGUCCUCUCCCGCCCGGGGAGCUGGCCCGGCCCGCAGGGCGUACGUGGCCCCCGGCCAACGGGGCGCUCUCGGGGGCCGGGGCUGCCGGGCGCUGUCCUCGGGCGGCUGCGAGUACAAGACCCACUUCGCGGCCUCGGUGGCCGACCCCGAGAGGUUCUGGGGCAAAGCCGCGGAGCAGAUCAGCUGGUAUAAGCCCUGGACCAAAACGCUGGAGAACAGACAUUCGCCUUCCACCAGUUGGUUUGUGGAAGGGAUGCUUAACAUUUGUUACAAUGCCAUCGAUCGUCAUAUUGAAAAUGGUAAAGGAGAUAAGAUUGCUAUCAUUUAUGACAGUCCUGUUACAAAUACUAAAGCCACUAUUACCUAUAAAGAAGUCCUGGAGCAGGUCUCUAAGCUGGCUGGUGUUUUGGUCAAGCAUGAUGUCAAGAAGGGUGACACCGUGGUUAUCUACAUGCCCAUGAUCCCCCAGGCGAUAUACACCAUGCUGGCGUGUGCUAGGAUAGGAGCCAUCCAUAGUCUCAUAUUUGGGGGAUUUGCAUCCAGAGAACUCAGCAGUCGCAUUGAUCAUGCAAAGCCCAAGGUCGUUGUUACAGCAUCGUUUGGCAUGGAACCUGGAAGGAAGGUAGAAUACAUACCACUUCUAGAAGAAGCUCUGAGAAUAGGACAACACAAGCCACAUAAAGUUCUCAUUUAUAAUCGUCCAAAUAUGGAGCCGGUUCCUUUGGCGCCAGGUCGUGACCUUGAUUGGGAUGAAGAGAUGGCAAAAGCACAGUCACAUGAUUGUGUUCCUGUCCUUUCCGAACAUCCGCUGUAUAUUCUUUACACAUCUGGAACAACGGGGUUGCCAAAGGGUGUGGUGAGGCCCACUGGAGGAUACGCUGUAAUGCUUAACUGGUCAAUGUCUUCUAUAUAUGGACUUAAACCUGGAGAGGUGUGGUGGGCAGCUUCUGACUUAGGCUGGGUUGUCGGACAUUCCUAUAUCUGUUAUGGACCUCUUCUACACGGAAACACAACAGUUUUAUAUGAGGGGAAGCCUGUGGGAACACCAGAUGCUGGCGCUUACUUCCGUGUGCUCGCGGAGCAUGGAGUAGCUGCCUUGUUUACAGCGCCAACUGCCAUUAGAGCAAUCCGUCAACAGGACCCUGGGGCAGCCUUGGGGAAGCAGUACUCUCUGACAAGGUUCAAAACAUUAUUUGUGGCUGGAGAACGAUGUGACGUGGAGACCCUGGAAUGGUCCAAAAAGGUCUUCAGAGUACCUGUCCUAGACCAUUGGUGGCAAACUGAGACUGGUUCCCCAAUUACAGCAUCAUGCAUUGGAUUAGGUAAUUCUAAAACACCUCCUCCAGGGCAAGCAGGAAAAAGUGUUCCAGGAUACAAUGUUAUGAUUUUGGAUGACAACAUGCAAAAACUGAAGGCUCGGUGUUUAGGAAACAUUGUGGUAAAGUUGCCAUUACCACCUGGAGCUUUUUCAGGACUCUGGAAGAAUCAGGAGGCAUUCAAGCAUUUAUACUUUGAAAAAUUUCCUGGAUACUAUGACACCAUGGAUGCUGGUUACAUGGAUGAAGAAGGUUAUAUAUAUGUUAUGUCUCGAGUUGACGACGUGAUAAAUGUUGCAGGUCACAGGAUUUCUGCAGGUGCUAUUGAAGAGUCUGUCCUUUCCCAUGGCACUGUGGCCGACUGUGCUGUUGUUGGCAAGGAAGACCCUUUGAAGGGUCAUGUCCCGUUAGCACUCUGCGUGCUGAAGAAAGAUAUAAAUACAACAGAGGAACAAGUCUUAGAAGAAAUUGUGAAACAUGUUAGACAGAGCAUUGGCCCCGUGGCUGCUUUUCGAAAAGCGGUGUUUGUGAAACAGUUACCCAAAACCAGAUCUGGCAAAAUUCCCCGCUCAGCUCUGUCUGCACUUGUCAAUGGCAAGCCAUAUAAGGUAUCUCCUACAAUUGAAGACCCCAGCAUUUUUGGGCACAUAGAAGAAAUGCUGAAGCAGGCAUUAUGACUUUUUUUUUCUUUUUUUGUCACUUUUCUAAUUGGAGUUAGAUUUUGGAAUUAUUUCCCAGAAAUAAAUACUUAAGUAGAAAUUACAUGCAAACUGAAAUGUAAGUUGUAGAGCUUGGUCUAAAAACAAUGUACGUGAAAACUAGUAAAAGGCCUUCUGUUUGAUUAGCCCAAUUAGCACUGUUACUGGUUACCUGUAACAUUGCUCAUUAUAGAUUUUCCAGAACUUUGAUUUAAGAAAAAUAUAUCUGACAUACGAUUUAUAAAAAUUGUACCCCCCCCAAAAAAUUUUAAUUGAAAGUGACACUAAUAUCGAGCCACUUGCUGAAAUUAGGACUCUGCAGCUUUGACCCAAGACCUAAAACUCAAGUGAAGUCAGAAAACAAUUAUAAUUUUCUUAUAGAAAUUCUGAAUAUUUUCUAAUAUUCUUGAGAUGCCCACAUGCAUGGUUAUUUUAAAUGAAAUGGAUGAAAUGGGAAGUUUUAGGUAAUCAUCUAGACAUGAUUUUCUAAGUAGGAGAAUCUGUCUAGUCACAUAUUUCCUGAGGGAAGGCUGGGUACCAACCAAGGUACAGCUCUCUUCAAUCCUUUGUUACUUAGUCAAGGGGAAUCACAGGCUGGCAGAGAGCAUAGAGGUCAAUUAAUCCAAUCUCUUUGUCAUGGAGAUGAGGGCUCUUUAGCUGACUGUAUACUCUUAAUGAUUCCAGCUUCUUUUGGAAACAAGGAAAUGUGUAGAAAUGGGGAAACUGGCAAGGAAAGCUCUUAAGGAAGAAAUGUAAAAGUUUUUACAUUAGCUAAAAACCGGGAGGAGUUUUAAGAGAAACCAAAAAUCCAGAUUUUAUGUGAAAUCUCUAAUUUUUAAAUAACUCACUAAAAAAAAAAAAAAUUGUCAUAUCCAAAGCACAUCUUUCCAUUUAAACUUCUGUAAAGCUAUUGCGCAUUAAAAAAAUAACUGAAAAUUAGUCUUUGUUAAUAAGCAUAUGAUAAUGUGCCAAUUAUCCAGAGUAGGUAGAUACAGAUAAUUACUUAUUUGGUUUACUUAGGGCUCUACAUGAGAUCAGUUAUCAAAGAAUAUAUUUAAACUCAAAAAAUACCAUACCCAUGUCUUGACGGUUCUUAAAGUAUUCCUCAGUCUUUCAGUCCAUCAGGAACAUUAUUUUUAAGAGCAACUGUCUUAACAUAUAGUCUGGUAACAUAUCACGAAAUAUAUAUGAGAGAUAAUAGAUAAGAGCUUAUUGUUUGUUUCAUAAAAAUUGCUUACAACUUGUAUAAAGACAUUCUGAAAAUGUUAGGAUUUUUUGGACUGUUGCCUAUAAGAUAAAUGGCUUCUCAAAGUAAAUUAUUUGCUAAAAUUGGCUUUUUGAUUGUUACACCUGAAAAAAUACAUUCGUCUAACUGUUCCUUUUAAUUAUUUUAGUAGACUGAGUUAACCUAAUUAGAUAGAUAUUCAACUUAUAAUUUGAAGUUGUUGGGUUCCUUAAACUGUCUCUUCUCUUGAGUACAUUUUAUCUUAUCACAACUGUAAUCUCACACUUUUUAAUGUCUUAGAAUUAAGAUGUAUUACCUUCUUUUUUCAUAUAAAAUUCAGUUAAUUUGAAAUGGCAAAUUCUGUAGCCGAUUGUGUAUCAUAGUUCAUCUGCAAGGUAUAAACCCAGGCAUAUACAAGAAUUGUGUUAACGAUUACAUCUUUGAUCCUCUUGCACAUUUUUCGUGGUAAUCAAUCUGAGAGACACUUCAGCAAGCAGGCUUGGGUUAUUUUCCUGUUGAGUGGGAUUGGAAAACAGUGCACAAGACCGGGGAAGUGGUGUUUUCUUGUAUCUGGUUAAAGAAAGUGAUCUCCUUUGCAGGGUCAGAGAAAGUACUGUUCCUCUCACAAGACUGAAUGUGGGGCAAGAAAGAUACAGUCAUCAGAUUGCUUAAAUUUU